AUGAUUGAACGUGCUAAUAAGACUAUAGUGCAGAUGUUAUCUCAUUUUGUUUCCCUUAUAGAAAAUCAAACAGACUGGGAUGACCAUCUGUGUUAUGUCUUAGCAGCCUAUCGUUCUACACAACAUAAAAGUAUGGGUUGUACCCCAAAUUUACUUAUGUUAGGGAAUGAGUUGGAUUGUCCUAUUGAUUUAAUGGUAGGACUUCCACUAUAUACUACAGAAGUAGAAUGUCCAAUUGAAUAUGUUCAAUGGGUGAAAACUUCUUUGAGACAAUCAUAUGAAUUUGCUUUUGACCAAUUGAAUAUAGCUGCUAGUAGGCAGAAGAAGUACUAUGAAAGAGAUUUAAAACCUAGGGAAUUUUUAAAUGGAUACUGGGUUUGGAGAUGCCGGGAAAGCUCAUGUUUGUUAAGAAGAGAGGGCAGUCAACCCUACAUAUCGAGAUCCAGGUCAAUGCCAGGAAAUUUGUUUACCCUGACUUGGCAGGAACGGCAGAGAAGGCCUGAGGAGGAUCAAAGACAGGCUGAUCAGGAAAGAAGGAAAAGAGAGGAGGAGGAAUUGAGAAGGGUACAGGAAAGGGAGGAGCGAAAAGAAAGAGACAGACCGGAGAGACAGGCACGGGCACAGAAUGAGAUUUUGGACAACUGGUCAACCAGACUGAGUAACUAUGUAUUCACUCAGUGUAGCAACUGGAUAACAAGUUAG